AGCUGCCUCAGCAUGGAGAGCCACGCAGGCCUGGCGGCCACCCCCAGGGCGCUGCCUUACUACGUAGCUUUCUCCCAGUUGCUGGGCCUGAUCGCAGUGGCCACGACUGGUGCCUGGCUCGGUCUGUACAGGGGCGGCAUCGCCUGGCAGGGCGUCCUGCAGUUCAACGUGCAUCCCCUCUGCAUGGUCAUAGGCCUGAUCUUCCUGCAGGGAGAUGCCCUGCUGGUUUACCGUGUCUUCAGGAACGAGACCAAACGCACAACCAAAGUCCUGCACGGGCUGCUACACGUCUUCGCGUUCAUCAUCGCCCUGGUGGGCCUGGUGGCGGUGUUCGACUACCACAGGAAGAAGGGCUACGCUGACCUGUACAGCCUGCACAGCUGGUGUGGCAUCCUCGCGUUUGUUCUCUACUUCGUGCAGUGGCUCGUGGGCUUUGGCUUCUUCCUGUUCCCUGGAGCUUCGUUUUCUCUGCGGAGCCGCUACCGCCCGCAGCACAUCUUCUUUGGCGCCACCAUCUUCCUGCUCGCUGUGGGCACAGCCCUGCUGGGCCUGAAGGAGGCGCUGCUGUUUAAACUUGGGGCCAAAUAUAGCACGUUUGAGCCUGAGGGCGUCCUGGCCAACAUGCUGGGCUUGCUGCUGGCCGGCUUUGGCGUGACUGUGCUCUACAUUUUGACUCGCGCUGACUGGAAACGGCCACCCCAGGCGGAGGAACAGGCUCUCUCCAUGGACUUCAAGACGCUGACCGAGGGCGACAGCCCCAGCUCCCAGUGA